AAUCAUUUAGGGAAAUAAAUCUGGUUUUCUGUUGCAGCUGCAUAAGCUUGCGUUGUAAUACAGUUAUACAUACAAUACACGUAUGUAUAUGUGUUCGCCUAGUUAUAGGUUCGAAGUUGCAAUCUUUUGAAGAAAAAAAUAUCUGGGUUUUGGUGAGUUAUAACUUUGAUCUCCGUUUUGGGUGAAAAUGGAGGCUGCUGAUUUAUACAGAGCGGGUAAUAGCCUGCGAAAUAGCAUGCGGAGUAGUAGUACUUCGUUAUGGAGGAACAAUAAUAUGGAAGUUUUCUCCAAGUCUUCAAGGGAAGAAGACGAUGAAGAUGCUCUCAAAUGGGCUGCGCUUGAAAAGCUUCCAACUUACUCUCGUUUGAGAAAAGGGAUUCUUACUACCUCUAAAGGAGAAUCCAACGAGGUUGAUAUACAGAAUCUUGGUUUUAAAGAAAGGAAAGAUUUGCUUGAGAGAUUGGUAAAAGUUGCAGAGGAAGAUAAUGAAAGGUUUUUGUUGAAGCUCAGAAAUCGUAUCGAUAGGGUUGGACUUGAUCUUCCAACUAUUGAAGUGAGAUUUGAGCAGGUUAAUGUAGAGGCAGAGGUUCAUGUUGGAAGCAGAGCUUUACCUUCAUUCAUUAACUUCACCAUUAAUAUAUUCGAGGGUCUACUGGGAUUUCUGCCUAUUUUCAAUAGCAAAAAGAAACAUCUUAACAUCCUUAAAGAUGUUAGUGGAGUUAUAAAGCCAGGAAGAUUGACAUUGCUAUUGGGUCCCCCAAGUUCUGGAAAAACCACACUUCUGUUGACUCUGGCAGGAAAGCUUGCCUCGGAGUUAAAGUUUUCUGGGAGGGUGACUUAUAAUGGACAUGAGAUGAAUGAAUUUGUUCCCGAAAGAACAGCUGCCUAUAUUAGCCAACACGAUGUCCAUAUUGGAGAAAUGACUGUUAGAGAAACUUUGUCUUUCUCGGCAAGAUGCCAAGGAGUUGGAACACGUUUCGACAUGCUAGCUGAAUUGGCUAGAAGAGAGAAAGAAGCAAAUAUCAAACCUGAUCCAGAUAUUGACGUCUACAUGAAGGCAGUGGCAACAGAAGGUCAAGAGACAAAUGUCGUGACAGAUUAUGUUCUUAAGAUUCUUGGUUUGGAAGUAUGUGCUGAUACAAUGGUUGGGGAUGAAAUGCUAAGGGGUAUCUCUGGAGGACAGAGGAAACGUGUUACAACUGGGGAGAUGCUUGUUGGCCCAGCAGGGGUGUUGUUCAUGGAUGAGAUCUCAACUGGUUUGGACAGUUCAACUACGUAUCAGAUUGUGAACUCACUCAAGCAAUAUGUUCACAUCUUUAAUGGAACUAAUGUCAUCUCUUUACUCCAGCCAGCACCAGAGACUUAUGAUCUUUUUGAUGAUAUCAUUCUUCUAUCUGAUGGUCAGAUUGUGUAUCAGGGUCCACGUGAAAAUGUUCUUGCUUUCUUUGAAUCUAUGGGCUUCAAAUGUCCUGAGAGGAAAGGUGUUGCGGACUUUCUUCAAGAGGUAACGUCAAGGAAAGAUCAGGGCCAGUAUUGGGCAAGAAGAGAUCAACCUUACAGGUACAUCACUGUCAAGGAAUUUGCUGAGUCAUUCCAAUCAUUCCAUGUGGGGCAGAGAAUAGGGGAUCAUCUUUCAACUCCAUAUGACAAGAGCAAGAAUCAUCCUGCUGCUUUGACAACCAAAAACUAUGGUGUCAAAAAGAAAGAGUUCAUAAAAGCUUGCUUCUCAAGAGAAUAUUUGCUCAUGCAGAGAAACUCAUUUGUCUACAUCUUCAAGCUUGUUCAACUUGCAAUAAUGGCGCUGGUUGCUACAACACUUUUCUUGAGAACAGAGAUGAGUCGCAAUACUGUUGAAGAUGGUGGAAUUUACCUUGGUGCUUUGUUCUUCACUGUGGUAAUGGUUAUGUUCAAUGGAAUGUCAGAACUUCCUAUGACCAUUGCCAAGCUUCCAGUGUUUUACAAGCAAAGGGACCUACAGUUCUACCCUGCUUGGGCAUAUGCUCUUCCAUCUUGGAUUCUCAAGAUCCCUAUAGCUUUUCUAGAAGUAGCAGUUUGGGUAGCCAUUACAUACUAUUCAAUUGGAUUAGACCCAAGUGUUGGAAGGUUGUUUCGUCAAUAUCUCGCACUCAUAUUUGUUAAUCAGAUGGCCUCUGCAUUAUUCCGAGCUACUGCAGCUACUGGUAGGAACAUGAUCAUAGCCAACACAUUCGGGUCAUUUGUGUUGCUGUUGCUUUUCACACUGGGUGGUUUUGUGUUGUCUAGAGAUGAUAUCAAGAGCUGGUGGAUUUGGGGUUAUUGGGUGUCACCUCUAAUGUACGGUCAGACUGCAGUUUUAGUUAACGAAUUCCUUGGGGAUAAAUGGAAACGUGUUUUACCAAACUCAAAUGAAACUCUUGGAGUUGAAGUCUUAAAAUCGCGAGGGUUCUUCGCUGAAGCAUAUUGGUAUUGGAUUGGUUUGGCGGGGUUGACUGGUUUCAUUAUUUUACUAAACAUUUUGUACAUGCUGGCUCUUACUUACCUCAACCCAUUUGAAAAAUCACAAACUGUUAAAUCUGAAGAUCCUGAGAAUGAUGUUCAAGAUAGUAGAGCCAGGGGAACCAUUGAAAUGCAUCAAAGAGCAAAUAGCUCAAGCCAUCACACCCAGACCGUCGAUGAAAGUCCAAAUACAAAUAAAGGAAUGAUUCUUCCAUUUGAGCCACAUUCUAUUAGUUUUGAUGAUGUUAUUUACUCAGUAGACAUGCCACAGGAAAUGAAGAGUCAAGGUGUGGUCGAGGAUAAACUGGUUCUAUUGAAGGGUGUUAGUGGUAGUUUUAGGCCUGGUGUCUUGACAGCACUGAUGGGAGUUAGUGGAGCUGGUAAGACCACUUUGAUGGAUGUGCUUGCUGGUAGAAAAACUGGUGGAUAUAUUGAGGGUGAUGUUAAAAUUUCUGGUUACCCUAAGAAGCAAGAAACAUUUGCAAGAAUUUCUGGAUAUUGUGAGCAAAAUGACAUCCAUUCACCUCAUGUUACCAUUUAUGAGUCAUUGGUCUACUCAGCAUGGCUUCGUUUACCAGCUGAAGUUGAUUCUGAAAAGAGAAAGAUGUUUAUUGAGGAAGUAAUGGAGCUUGUGGAACUUGCUCCACUGAGACAAGCAUUAGUUGGAUUGCCUGGGGUGAAUGGUCUGUCAACUGAGCAACGAAAAAGGUUGACUAUUGCAGUUGAGUUGGUGGCAAACCCUUCUAUAAUAUUCAUGGACGAACCAACUUCAGGGCUAGAUGCCAGGGCUGCUGCUAUUGUCAUGAGAACAGUUAGGAACACAGUGGAUACUGGCAGAACAGUUGUCUGCACAAUUCAUCAACCAAGUAUUGACAUCUUUGAAGCCUUUGAUGAGCUAUUCCUUAUGAAAAGAGGAGGAGAAGAGAUAUACGUGGGGCCAUUAGGUCGACAUUCUUGCCAUCUGAUCAACUAUUUUGAGGCUAUUGAAGGUGUCAGCAAAAUCAAAGAUGGUUAUAAUCCUGCAACUUGGAUGUUGGAGGUUUCGAGUUCGGCCCAAGAAAUAGCUUUGGGAGUUGAUUUUACUAAAGUUUACAGGAGUUCUGAACUAUACAGGAGAAACAAACAACUUAUUAAAGACUUAAGCACCCCUGCUCCUGGUUCAAAGGAUCUUCACUUCCCUACUCAAUACUCUCGGUCAUUUUUCACUCAAUGUAUGGCUUGCUUAUGGAAACAACGGUUGUCGUACUGGCGAAACCCACCUUAUACUGCUGUGAGAUUUAUUUUUACCACUUUUAUAGCCUUGACAUUUGGGACAAUGUUCUGGGACCUAGGAUCUAAAAAAUCAAAACAACAAGAUCUCAUGAAUGCAAUGGGAUCGAUGUACGCUGCAGUGUUCUUCAUUGGGGUCCAAAACGCUUCAUCUGUACAGCCGGUAGUUUCCAUAGAAAGAACAGUCUUCUACAGAGAAAAAGCUGCAGGAAUGUAUUCAGCUUUUCCCUACACAUUUGGACAGGCGGUGGUUGAGAUUCCAUACAUUGUGUGUCAAGCUGUGGUUUAUUGCCUCAUAGUAUACUCGAUGAUAAACUUCGAAUGGACCGUUGCAAAAUUCUUUUGGUAUCUGUUUUUCACGUUCUUUGCUAUGCUCUACUUCACUUUCUAUGGCAUGAUGACUGUGGCAAUCACUCCAAACCAUCACAUUGCUUCCAUUGUUUCCUCUGCCUUCUACGGAGUAUGGAACCUCUUCUCUGGAUUCGUUGUCCCUCGCACGAGGAUGCCAAUAUGGUGGAGGUGGUACUACUAUGCCUGUCCAGUUGCAUGGACCUUGUACGGACUGGUGGCAUCACAGUACGGAGAUAUUAAAGAUGUUCUUGACAAGGAAACAGGCGAGACAGUAGAGCAGUUUUUGAGACGAUUUUAUGGAUUCAAACAUGAUUACUUGGGAGUUGUUGCAGUCGUCAAUGUCUCUUUUGCAUUGUUCUUCGGAAUUAUGUUUGCCUUUUCUGUUAAGGUCUUAAAUUUCCAAAAGCGAUAGGCACUUCAUUUUUCUCUUCUUUUUUUUUUUGUCUAUAUUUCAAUUUAGAUCCAUUAUUUGUUCUUACUCUUUGUUUUUCAAGAGUAUAUUUAUUAUUAUUACUACUACUAUGUUUUGUGCAAUAGCAAAGCCAUAAUAUGUAAUUUCUGUCUUUGUUAAGAAUUUGUAAUAUGAUGAUACUACAGUUUGUUUCGAUUGUAACAAAAUAAAGUGCUAAAGUACACGUUUCAAUUA